GUUGGACUCCUUCUACUUUUGUGUCUUCUCGCAAAAAUAGAACAGAACGGCAGGUUUUCAAGCCUGAAGAUUUUAUGGACGAAGAAGAUCUGGAGGAACUUGGCCAAAGUAAGAAACUAGUUGCUACCGAAGAAUUUGAUUCUUUAGGUUCGACAGAGCGUGAAUUAGAAAAAAAACGUGCUCUGGCAAAUUCCAUGGAUGCAAGCGGAAGGCAAUCUAUGGGAUGGAGAGAGGGUCAAGGCAUAGGUCCUCGUGUUAAAAAAAAAAAAAGAGAUUAUGAUGAUAUUGACAAUGAAGACAAUGAAGAUCAGAUACCCAGUACUUUAUUUGCUCCUAAAAAUACUUCUAUCGUAAGUUUUGAACAAAAAGCCAACAAUUAUGGUCUUGGAUAUAAUCCAUUCGAAAAUGCUCCAGAGUUUGUUUUUCAAUCAGCUACUAGUAAAGGCGAAAGUUAUCUCCGUAAAGAUAAACCGAAAAGUUCUUUCCCUAUACGAGGAACAUCAAUGGCUGAUUUUAAUACUUCACUAAUGGAUGAGGAUGAUGAUGACAUCAUAAUAAUGGGAAACAGGAAAUAUUCAAAAAUGUCAAACCUGUCUACAGAAUCUCAAAUGAAAAAGUCAUCAUUCCAGGAUAAUAGAUUAUGUAAUGAUGGGACUCAACCAUUACGAGGGUUUAUGUUGGCCAGGAAACCUCUUCCCAUUGACAAAUGGUUCAGUCCACCGGAUUUGCCACCAGAAUACGUUCCUGUUCAUGAAUUUGACUCUCAAAAUCAAUAUACCCAGGAUACGAGUAAAAAGAAUAUAAAACAAAAGCAGACUACAUUGGCGAUUGUAGCAGAACAGCGUGGCGCAUUACUGGGUGAAACACCUUUAAAUGCACCUACACGUUCGGUAUUUGAUUAUGUGUCUCGGAAGGAUAAAGAAAGGCUAGAUAGUAUAAUUCGACCAGUGAUUGAUACGUCAGGUGACAAAAAUGUUAAUAAACCUCCUGAAAUUAAAAUUCCAAAGAUAGAAAAGGAUGUCGCUUUGGCUGCUUUGAAAGGAUUUAUCCCUUUUGAAGACAAUAAGAAAAAACAAGCUAGAUAUAAAAAAUAUUUGGAAGUACAUGCUGAGUUAAUAGCUCCUGAAUUAUUAAGAAAACCUGAGGAAUUAACUGCAGAUGAGUUCUCAAAGGAGCUAGAUGAAUUCUCUAAAGCAGCAAGAAUAUUUCGCCCAAUGUCAAAAAUGAUUGCAUCUCGGUUCACCAGUAGUUCGUCUCCUGCUGAAGAAUUCAAGCAGCCUAUUCCUGGUCUAAGAGCCGGUGCCGGAAAUGAUUCAGAUAUUCCUUCAGUUAAAAAAAAAGAUACAGAUCAACUUGAUUCUGAAUCAACAGCAGAAGCUGCUGCAAAAAUGAAUAUGUUUGGUCCACUUACGAGAUUAAAAUCUGUAUUUUAUCCAAGUAAGCUUCUAUGUAAAAGGUUUAAUGUAGCAAAUCCACAUCCAGAACAUGCACAAAGUUCAAGUUCUGGUAGGACUCAAAAGGGUCAAAAAGAAGCACUCAGCAGAGAGACGAUGAAUGACAUUCUCAAUAAGCAAGAUGCGCAAAAUUUUCCAGGAUUUAGUACGACUUCUUCUACAUCUGAUACAAAUUGGAACGAAUCUGAACAAGCACUUGAAGUAUCUAACCAACCUGAUGAUACAAAAGAGGAUGACAAAAAACCGUAUACACGCCCUGCAAUGGAAUUAUUUAAAUCAAUUUUUGGUGAUUCAGGUUCAGAAGAUGAUGAUGAGGAUGCUCCAAAACAUAAAAAACCUCCAAAUCUAGUAAUUGGUGACUUGGAACCUCAAGUUACGAACAGAGAUAGAUCGCCAACUCCCAUUUCAUAUAAUGUAGAUGAAGAUAGUAGUCAUAAACCUAUUUCAUUUGAUGUAGAUAAUGUAGAUGAAGACAUUCCAUCAAUUACUUUUCAAAGAACAACAGCACAGGCUAGUUCAUCGAAAACGAUUAAUCAUUCGUCGUCACAGUCUACUAUAAAUCGAACUAGAAAUCGGCCAAGGGCAUCUGAUUUAUGGUAG